CAUGACCGUGUCCCAGAAAAAAAAACAAUCACAGCUGACUUUGAUUCACUCACGUGAUUUGCUGAAGCUGUGGUCACAUGACCGUGCGCCGGGGUUGGCGUAGCUGUGCGUCGGAGUUGAGGAUCACGUGAGGUUGUGUGCGUACGCGGCGGAGUUGGGUGUGAAGAUGGCGGACGAGGAGGCCGAGCGGGAUCACAGUCCACAGAUCGGUACCAGCGCUGCGAUUGUGGCUCUCAGAGAGCGGCUGCAGAAGCUGGCCACCGAGCUUAAGGACAGCCGGGAGUCUGCCGUGCAGUCCGCCGCUCAGUACUGCCAGGAUUUCUGUCAGACUUUGGUAGAAUACGCCGGGCGAUGGAAGAUCUCGGAGGAUCCCCUGCCUUUAGUGGAAGUGUACAUGGUGGCCAUCCUAAGCUACGCUCAAGCACGCCACUAUCUCACCUCCGAAUGCGAAAAUGUAUCCCUCGUACUUGAACGGUUAACAUUGAGCUGUGUUGAGCUUCUGCUUUCACUGCCAGAGGAAAUCCCAAAUGCCUUAUGGCAGGAGUUUCAGUUUUCAGUGCAGAAGGCACACAGUUUACUUUUGGACAGUGGGAACUGUGAACUGCAUAUGCUCUCAUCCAUUGCUAAGGAGAGGGGUGUAUGGGCAAAUGAUACAUUACAGUCCAUUCUUUCAAAGGAGACACCAGAAGUGGAAAAGGUUCGGGAGUUCCUUGAACAGGAAGGUGCGGUUCUGCUGGAUAUGCGGGUAAAGCACCUUAUCAAAGAGAACCACAUCGAAAAGGCGGCUUUGGUAGCGAAAGUGUGCGCGGAGCACCCAGAGUUUGGGGCAAAGAGCAGCUUUAAACAGACCUACCUCGUCUGUCUCUGUUCAGUAGCUCCGCGAGAGCAGGUCAUGCAGGAGAUUUCUGAAGUGGACUGUAAAGAUGCACUUGAAAUGAUCUGCAACCUGGAGUCUGAGGGAGAUGAGAAAGGUGCUUUGAGCCUGUGCUCAGCCUUUCUAACUCGGCAGCUUCUCCAAGGAGAUAUGUACUGCGCCUGGGAACUCACACUGUUUUGGAGCAAACUGCUGCAAAGGUUGGAACGAUCUACACAAGUGUUUCUGGACCACUGUCGUCAAAUGUCUCUACUUUCUAAGACGGUGUAUCAUAUCUUCUUUUUGAUCAAGGUUAUCCAGUCAGAGGUGAGUUUUGAGUCAUUCAGAUUGCAAAGUUCAUUGGCCUUUUGA